AUCAAAGCUUCCAGGCAAGCAACUCAAGUAGUUGCCAUCCUCCUCUCCCUUCCGGCUGUGAAGAGGGAUCAAGUAGUGCUCAUUAGAAAGCUGGGCAUAGAAAUCUAUCCUUUAUCAAUCUAGACUCCUGACCUCUACAAAAUCCUAAUCAUCACCGUAAACUCCAUAUAACCGAAGCUAAGAUAUCCAAUGGCAGGCCUGUCUCUUCAGCAUCCCUUGGCUUUCGCCUUUGGCCUCCUCGGCAACGUCAUCUCCUUCAUGACCUACCUGGCCCCACUGCCGACGUUCUACCGGAUCUACAAGAACAAGUCGACUGAAAGUUUCCAGUCGGUACCGUACGUUGUGGCGCUUUUCAGCGCGAUGCUGUGGAUCUACUACGCGCUGCUCAAGUCCGACGAGUGCCUGCUCAUCACCAUCAACUCCGCCGGCUGCGUCAUCGAGACGCUCUACAUCGCCUUGUACCUCACCUACGCGCCCAAGAAGGCAAAGCUGUUCACGGCCAAGCUCCUGCUGCUCCUGAACGUCGGCGUGUUCGGGCUCAUCCUCCUCCUCACGCUGCUCCUCUCCGCCGGCCAGAACCGCGUCGUCAUCCUCGGCUGGGUCUGUGUCGGCUUCUCCGUCAGCGUCUUCGUCGCGCCGCUCAGCAUCAUCCACCAGGUGGUGCGCACGAGGAGCGUGGAGUUCAUGCCCUUCUCGCUCUCCCUCUCCCUCACCGUCAGCGCCGUCGUCUGGUUCCUCUAUGGCCUGCUCAUCAAGGACAAAUACGUCGCCCUGCCCAACGUGCUGGGGUUCACCUUCGGCGUCAUCCAGAUGGGCCUCUACGCGAUCUACCGCAACGCAACACCGAGGGUGCCAGCAAAGGAGGAGGCCGACGACAAGGAGGACAUCGUCGUCGUCAAGGUGCCCGAGCACGUCGUGACCAUUGCCAAGCUGGGCGCGCCGGCCGCGGAGCUCAAGACCCACGAGGUGCGUCCUGCCAUGGCCACGCCCAUGGAGGAGGCCGGGUCGGAGAACGACAAGGCGGUGGCCAAGCAGGAGAACGGCACGGUGGCGGGAAAGGGAGACAACGACGGUGACCAAGUUUAGAUUCAUGAUGAUUAUCGAUCUCCUCUGGUCAUAAGGCUGCACGCUGCGCAUACCACGCGAAGUUGCCGAGCUGUCCGUGAAUGCAAGCAUGUGUAGAUGUAUGUGAGCUAUGAAAAAGGUUGGUGACGAAGAUAGAACCAGAAGAGGGGAAGAUAUCGGGGUCGUAGUUCGCAUCGGCUGCCGCAGUUGUUUGGUUUGAUUUCAUUCUCGUGCAUGUACUAAUAUUUAGCAUCUGUUCUUGUAAUAGUCCUGUGGUUGUGGAAGCGUGGAGCAUUUCUUCUCAUGGUCUCAUAUUAGGUUCCUGAAAUGUUAUAUGUAUGCCGCCCACGCUAUUAGAAUACACCAAAGAAUUUGCUGGCUCA